AAUAAUAUAAAUAGAUUGGCCAAUGGAUCCUAGGGAAGUCGAAUAAAAAUUGGAAGUGCAACGACGCCAUCGUCGAACGGCACACGUCGACGUCAGAGGUACCGCUAUUGUUGUGUACAGUAUUUAAAAAAAGCCCGGCUCCGUUUUUUUUCUCAUAGCAUUCACAUUUAAAAGGAUGGCCGAGGUAAAGCCAGAGCAUAAACCCGAGGAUGGAGAAAAUUAUUCGAUGGGAAAUAAUGUGGAUCCGAAAAAUGUGCAGGAAUUAACGCAAUACGUACAAACGCUACUACAGAGUAUGCAAGAUAAAUUUCAAACAAUGUCGGAUCAAAUUAUCAAUAGAAUAGAUGAAAUGGGAAAUAGAAUAGAUGAUUUGGAAAAGAACAUUGCUGAUCUUAUGACUCAAGCAGGAGUAGAUGGCACUGAAAAAUAAUUCACCAAUUUUCUUACAUCAUAAUAUUAUGGAUUAAUCAAUUGAUCAUAAAUUAUAUAAUUUGCACCGAGUACAAUAUAAUUCUAACAUAAUAGUCCGCUUCUUGUAUAUUACAUGUCGCGAAAACUUUGUAUACAAACAUUUGUAAGUUAAUAACAUUUUACCUAAAAGAAUAUUGCUUUAUAUAAGUUAGCACUAAUAAUAAUUGAUACUUUUAAUCAACGAGGGCGUUAAGUUCUUCUGACAUUUUGGCAAAGACGGUACCAUUCUAAAAAUUAGUCGAUUUGCUUUUUUUUGCUUGUCUUCGUUUCUAGCUAUUCUUUUCUAAAAUAGCAUGAAAAA